AUGGCAUCUAGGAAUAAUACAGCAGGUACUUUUUCAGAGGAAGGGGAACUUUUUGACUCACCUACCAGAAUAGAGAGUGGUCCAAGUCGAAAAACUCGCCCUUGCCGUAACCAGAAGAAAAGACAAGAAUCCGUAGAUUUAAUUAAUGAACCAUAUGGGCUACCAUCUUCUAGCGGUUCGCAUAAUUCCUUAAGUGUUUUUCAAGAUCCAGCAAGAAUUGCGACUGAAAGGAGUCCGAGGCCGGAAAAUACUACAUCUCGAGCGCGCAGACCUUCCAAGAGAGCCCUUGAUACAGCUGAGUUGGGAUCUUUAACGCAUACAAAUAGUUCGUCCGCUUCGUCAAGGUCCAACAAACGUAGGAUGUUGGUAAAAAAUGAAGAAGUACCUACCAAUGCGAACGGAAACAAUUCCCAGAGAAUAAUUCUCCCACCGCCUCAAAGAAACUCACCUAUCCGAAAUUCUCCUCUUGGAAGUUCGCCCGCUCGCAUUUCGUCUGCUUGUAAUUCACCUGUUCGAAACUCCCAAUACGCAUCUUCCCAAUCAUCCGAUCAAGCUUCCAUGGAUGGACACAUCACUGGUGGAGUAACUUUACCUCCUAUUUCUUUGCCCGAACAUUCUACACAUGGUAGAAUAACCUUACCUCCUCUUCGAUCUGUGCUACCCAUUGAUGUUGAACAUUACGCAGAGUCGAUCCUUAAUUUUCAAGAAGAAGUUGAUGAGGUGGUUGAUCUCACAUCUUCACCGCCUUAUCCGUCACCACCUCCUGUUAUUGAUUUGACUUCUUCUCCAGUGAUCGUACCGUACACACCUUACCCUUCAUUCCCUCCUUACAGAUUCGCAUUAGAGUCUCAAGUUAAUCCGGAAGUGAUUUUAAUUGACGAUGACUCUUCAGAUGUUUCCCCUCCCCAAGUGCAAAGGGUUAUGCAGGAUGGAAAUAUGACCCCUCCUUACUCGCAAGAUAGGUCUACCACUCCGCCUCAUCCAUCACAGACACAAAAUGAGACCUCGGUACCAUCCCUAGCUGGCAAUGGUACUUCUAUUCCCAGAGGUCUUCAACUUAAGUGUGCAAUUUGCCUUGAUCGACCGAAAGAUGUCUCAUCUACAAUCUGUGGGCAUAUUUUCUGUUUUGAGUGCAUUAGUACGGCUGUGAGAACACAGAAGACAUGUUCCCUUUGCAGGAAGUCUAUUACCAAAAAACAAAUCAAGCGCCUAGAAUUCAAACAUUUGUGA